UCUGGCCAGGCGGAUGAAAGUAGAGGCGCACUGUGGGUAGAGAGGAAAAAGUUCUCGACAAGGAGAGGCAGGACUACUCUUACGGAGCUCCUGCAGUCUCACUUUUUUAUGCCUCUUCAACACUUUCGCUGCCAUCAUUUUGUAUUUUUGCUCUGCAACGCCGCUUCUACGCUUCCGUGAGAGAAAUACUACCUUUUUUUUCUACUUAAGUGAAAGCACCAUGGAGCUGCUCUGCCUCGAAAUGGACACCAUCCGAGCUCGUCCCGAUCCGAACCUCCUGUGCGAUGACAGAGUCUUGCAGAGCUUGCUGACCAUAGAGGAGAGGUUUCUACCCCAAUAUUCCUAUUUCAAAGGCGUCCAGAAAGAUAUUCAACCGUUUAUGAGGAGGAUGGUCGCUACUUGGAUGUUAGAGGUUUGUGAGGAGGAGAAGUGCGAGGAAGAAGUUUUUCCCCUGGCCAUGAACUACUUAGAUAGAUUUUUAGCUGUGGUACCCACCAAAAAGUGUAACCUGCAGCUGCUGGGAGCAGUGUGCAUGUUUCUUGCAUCCAAAUUGAAAGAGACCCGUCCAUUAACCGCAGAGAAGCUUUGCAUCUACACAGAUAACUCCAUCAGACCACAAGAGCUGCUGGAGUGGGAACUUGUGGUGUUGGUAAAAUUGAAGUGGAACCUGGCAGCAGUGACACCCAACGACUUCAUCGAGCACAUUGUGAGGAGGCUGCCGCUGCCCGAGGACAAGCUGGUGCUCAUACGCAAACAUGUCCAAACCUUCAUCGCCCUCUGUGCCACAGAUUUCAGAUUUGCCAUGUAUCCUCCCUCGAUGAUCGCCACAGGAAGUGUGGGGGCAGCGAUCUGCGGCCUGCAGCUGGACUCAGCUGACCAGUCACAGUGGGGCGACAGUCUGACAGACCUGCUGGCCAAAAUCACAAACACAGAAGUGGACGUCCUCAAAGAGUGCCAGGAGCAGAUUGAGCGCGUGUUGGUGAGCAGCCUGCGUGAGGGCCGCCAGCAGCAGCAGCAGCAGCAGCAGCAGACGCAGAGAGGCCCCAGCGGGAAAGGCCUGGACGAGCUGGAUCAGUCCUCCACCCCCACAGACGUCCGCGAUGUCAACUUGUGAACCACCAGAGGGCGAUAUUGCACAGGAUUUACAAAAAAAAAGCAUCAUGAAAAAAAACUUUUUUUUUUUUUUAAUGCAGAAAAAAAGAACAAAAGAAGAAAAACGUCAAAAAAAAGACACAAGCCCUUUAAGAGAAAAAGAACAAUGCUUGCUAGUUUUUUUUUUUUUGUAGAUUUUUCUGUUCUUCAAAUCAAAAACAACUGCCCACAAAAUAGAUUUUCUACAAUGUUUUUGUCCAAAAGCAACAAAUUUGAUUGAAGAUGACGCUCUGGUGCCUUGGAUAUACAGAAGGGAAGCCAAUCAUAUUUGCAUUCUGCCUUUGAUUGUAUAGUAUGACCGUUAAGUUAUAUGAACCCUUGCUAGAAGUUGUGGAAACCAUUCAAAAAUGUCACGGGAUCACGGCGGGCCUUCUUUUAUUUUUUUCUGUUUGGUUUUACAUGAGUAGUAUCACUAUAACAUUCGUGGCUGAUGCAAGAGAGGACACGAGCUCCUCGACCAUCAGAAGGUCCACGUGAGAGAGACGGGCGAAGCCGUGAGAACAUGAUGCUUAAAGUUGGUGGGGUCACGAUCCCAUGGAAGAGACGGGAUCAUAAUAAUUAUUGGUAGUAUUAGUAAUUGUUAUGAUUAUUAUAGACAAUAUCAUUGGAUAUGUUUUGGAACUGAGUAGUAGAGAUCAAUAAGCUCCUCUUUGUCUGGCUGCUUGUGUGUCAGUUUGGUGCGUGUACGCGUUUAGAUGCGAGCACGCCGGAUUUCGAGCAUGCGUGCGUGUGGGUCUGUGGUAUGAAUGCUUCACGUGAACCUGAACCUCCGGUAGCCGCGUGCGUUCUCUGACUUAAAGACUGCGUAUGAGCAGGAGAAGGCUACACAUAGUUUGUCCAUCAGUACAACAGGGCAUCAAUGCUAGAUCACUGCCUCCAUGCAUUAACAGUGGAUCGUUGUUGGCCAACAAUAAACUCGUGUGCACGCACUAUGAGUUACACGGAUAAACAUUUAGCAAAGGAGGGUGCGGGCGAAGGGACUUUCACUUAGAGACCCUUAUCUUUCCAAGAGCAUUUUCCCUGAGGUGUUAAACCUCAGCCUUGGAGGUCAUUCGAGGUGUUUGUUUAUUACUACCAUUCUUAUGACGAUGCAGAUACUUCUUUCUAUUCACGUUGUUACGAGAUGGUGUCUCUCCAGCUGGACACAGUUGUGAUGACGAAUGAGAUGCUUUUUAAAGUCCGGAGAACAUUGGGCUCCUCUGAAUUACUUAGCAGGGACGGCACCAGGUGUGGUGUGGAAAGAAUCAGAAAGAGAGGGACCGUUUUUGCAACUAUGAAAGUCCCCGUUGAACUGUGGGAGGCAUGUGAUUGCCAGGCCCAGGUUGGUAGGACAGAGAGGGGUCUUUGGUCGUGCUGCUGUGAAGAGGAUUCGCAGCCAGUGGCCUUAUGAUUAAAAAACAAACAAACGUUGACAUCUUCAUAUUUGGCUGGAACCAACAUUCAUUUCUCAUGAUGAAUGUCUACAAUGACGGAGCGGAGUGAACACAAACAUCCUGGGUUUUGAAAUGAAUCAAUGAGGAACCAAGCAACGCCGGGUCAUGUGUGGAUGAACUUUCAUGUAGGGGGACUGGGUCGGGUGGGUGGGCGGGGGAUUAGAGGAGUACGGGAUGAUAAUUUACUGUCAAUGCAUCUGGAGUCCCACAUAGGGUUGUUUAAGCUGCCCUAUAUGAUUUCAAUGGCAAAGCACUUUGAGAACAUGCUCCCCAGGAGAUAAGUAGAUGAAAUGUGUCAGGUUGUGAUUGGAGGUGAAUGGAUUUUUCUUCUUUUUUUUAAAACUUUUUUUUCCUUGUUAGCCUUUUCUUUGGUUACCUUUGUAGGGCUGGUUUCCCAAUCAUCAGACAUACCCUCGUCAAGCAAGAGUCCAAUUUAAAAAAAAAAAAAAAAGCUUUUCCACAACUUGCGACGAGAGGACAUUCCAAUAAAAAAAAAAAAAAGUAAAAAAAACAUUCCUUUUUUCGGUGGGGAGUCUGAUCAUUCAGAGAAUUUGAGCAAAUACAAAAGGCCAAUAUGAUUUGGAAAAAUGCCUCCACGCAGAGUUCACUGAUCCACGGGUCCUGUUUGAUUUUAUUUCACUUUUUUAAAGAAGAAAUUAAAUAUUUGUUUCUACUUGAAUUUUUUUUUUUUUUUCUUGAUAUUUAUCAGCAUCCCAGCCACCGAUGGUCACACAUGGGCAGCACCGAGCUACACGAGGAGGUGGUCGUAACAUCUAAUAUUUGCACAUGUUCUUCAGAGGGCCAUGAGGUUUGCAUUUUGAGGACAGCGAGGCCCUUGUUGGAGACCAUCUUAACUGAUGUGUGCGUCAGUGGCUGCUCCGUUUUUCUGUGGUGCUGGCUUGUGCCUUUCAAGGCCGAUCGUCUGUCAGUGAACACGUCCGUCCCCUGUGAGCUUUGCUGCUUCAAAUCAUUGGCGAGGGGGUUCAUCAGCCAAACAGACGUCAGCACCAAACAAGAGACCGAUUUUCUUUUUUUCUUUUUUUUUGUUGCUUCGUAUUGUUUUAACGGGACACGAGGCUUUGCCACAGAACGGUGUCUUUGACUCAAUGUUUGAGUUUUUUUUCCGAGUGUAUGUCUGUCAAACUGAAGAUAAAUGUGGGGAAUCACAUGUUUUAAAUGCUGUUUUUCAGUAAAACUGGGCAAUUUAAUGACGUGUUUGCCAAAACAUCCCUGUUUGAAUAUUUGAUAUAACCUCUUCAUUUUGCUCUCUCCCAAACGUUAAUAGUUGUGAUUUUCUUUCCUGCAAAUGAUUCUUGCAUGUGUUAUAUAUUGAGACCAUCUUUUCAAUUUGUGUUUGAUAUAUUUUAUGGGGUGACCAGACCCACAAAAGGGGUUUUCUAAGAUUUAGAGAUACUGUAUUCCAAAGUGAAGAGAGGACAGAGGAGGAGGUGUGAAGACAUCAAGAAAAAGUGUCAAUAUUUUUAUUGAGUUAUUGUUGUCUUUUUGCGCUGCUAAAAGCUAUGAAUUUGUGUCAUUUAUACAAAACAAAAUAACAUUACUUAGUUGUGAUGUGUCACUUGAGUGUGCUGCUAUUUUAUAAACAUGUGUAUUAUAAUAUAAUUAUUUUACUGCUUAAGAGAUACAUUCAGAAAAACAGAAGUAGAUGGUGAUAGAAGAACAUGAAAUGACUAUUCGACUGGAAAUGUUCUUUGUACAGUUUGACAGUUUGCUUAGAUAGCAUGUCUCCUUUCCCUCUUCUUUUAUCUAUUUUGCUCUCCUUCAGUCGCAUUCUUCAUCGGUGGUAUUUCCUACACCUCAGGAUUACUGGACAAAAACAAAACACAAACAAAUCUUCACCUCUGCGGUUAGCUAGUCUGGAGCGGAGGAGAAUGGGUGCCAUGGCAACAGUUUUUUUGUGGAUGAUUCCCUACUGUUUCAGUGGGGAAACAACUUGCUCAGUGAGAUGGACGUAAACAGUUGGAGGGUGGGCGCAGCAACAUUUCCUGUAGAGGUGGGAAGGGUGUAUUUUGUAGAUAGUUCAACCAUGUUAUAAUCUUGGUGCUACAUCCGACUUGUUGUGAUGGGGGAAACAGCAUUCCUAAGAUGGCCAAAGUACAGUUCUUGCUUUAUACAACCACAAUCACUCUGAAUGUCAGUCGAUAUGGAUUCUGUAUGUAAGAAAGCUACGUUUUGGUCUGAAACAUUAUAUGUGUGUGCGCACCAUUGUAACUGCCACGUAAGAAUGGGUUGAGCUACACCUGUCAUGUCUGACCAUAAAUACUCUGAUAUCUGGAAGUUUCAAUGGUGCAGAUUUCCCUUCUAGCUGCCCCGCCUCCACUAUAACUCAUAUCAUGUACCUCAAAUGUCUGUUGCACAACCUCUGUUCAAUAAACUUCUGCUUUAAAGGG